AUGGUGGGCCUCGUGGCUACAGCUGGUCCAGUCGUGUGCAUGCGUUGUAUCUUAGGGGUGUCGUCAAGUUCGCCGUCAGCUUGUCCCACGAAGAGCUCCGUUCAUAUCUUUUCCCACAUGUAUGGUUCAUAUGUUGUCUUCCAUGAUCGCAACCCGAAACCGGUUCUAACUGUGUUGUACUCCAUGCAUGGUCGAGGUAAAAAUUGGUAG